GAUCCAGAAGCAUUUAUGAGUAUUAAUGAGCUCAUCAUGUACAGGGGCUACCCCAGCAAAGAGUAUGAAGUACUGACAGAUGAUGGGUACAUUCUUAGCAUCAACAGAAUCCAAUUUGGCAUUAAGAAUGAAGGGAACUCAGUUGUGAAACCCGUAGUGUUUCUCCAGCAUGGCUUGUUAGGAGAUGGAAGCAACUGGGUCACCAACCUGGACAAGAACAGUUUGGGCUUUGUCCUUGCGGAUGCUGGCUAUGAUGUUUGGAUUGGAAACAGCAGAGGAAACAUCUGGUCCAGAAGACACCAAAAUUUGUCCAUACAUCAAGAAGAGUUUUGGGCUUUCAGUUUUGAUGAGAUGGCUAAAUAUGAUCUUCCAGCUGUUCUGAAUUUUAUUCUGCAAACCACUGGACAGCAACAGUUAUUCUACAUUGGCUAUUCACAGGGUGCUGCAAUAGGGUUUAUAGCAUUUUCAACAAUGCCAGAGUUGGCUGAAAAGAUCAAACUGUUUUUGGCCUUGGCUCCUGUAACUAGAAUUAAGUAUGCCAGAAGCCCUGCAGUAAAACUGAUGAGCCUUCCUGAAAAACUUCUCCGGGUUAUGCUUGGCAAAAAAGAAUUUCUUCCCCGGAACAAAUUACUCAAAAAGAUUAUUGUUCCAUUGUGUAGUUACAGAUUAUUUUCUGGUGUCUGUGGAAAUGCCUUCUUUUUUCUGGCUGGCUAUAAUGUGGCAAAUAUGAAUAUGAGUCGAAUAAAUGUGUAUGUUGCUCGGGCGCCAGCUGGAACAUCUGCACAGAAUAUAUUUCAUUGGAGCCAGAUUUAUCGCUGUGGACUAUUUAAAGGUUAUGACUGGGGCCAUGAGGUCAAGAAUAAGAAGAAGCACAAUCAGUUUACUCCUCCCGUAUAUAAGAUAGAAGAUAUGAAUGUACCAGCGGCAGUAUGGACUGGAGGAGAAGACCUGCUUUCGGACCCGGAAGACACUGCUAUCUUACUCUCUCAGAUUAAAAAUCUUGCAUUCCAUAAAGCAGUUCCAAAAUGGGCUCACCUGGAUUUCAUCUGGGGCCUGGAUGCACCUCAAAACAUGUAUAAUGAAAUCAUUGCUCUAAUGAGGCACCAUGCAUAA